GCGUUGGACUCCGCAUCUUUUGACGAGCGGAAUUCCUGCCUCUGCAGCCCGUUUGCAGCGCCGCGGAGCCCGACGGGGAUUUUCGGUGUCCCGCUGACUCAGCCUGAAGCUUCCCGCCACUCCAGCUGGACUCUGCUUUGGUUUUCCUCUGAACUUUCUCUGUGUUCGGGAAGACAGACGCCAGCGCGGGGGGAGGCGGCAGCGCGGAGCUUUGCAUUUCAAUAAAGAAAGAGAGGCUCGCGAGUCUUUUUGUCCCGUGGAUCUCCUGGUUGGAGCCGAAAGUUAUGGGAGCGCAAGAGUCCAAGACCCCCGGGGGCGUGGAGACGGGAGUGGAGAAAGCCGGAGAGGCUGCUGCGUCCCCCUCCAAGGCCAACGGACAGGAAAACGGCCACGUCAGAGUGAACGGGGACGCUUCUCCUGCUGCAGCAGAGGAGGGGAAAGAGGCGCCUCAGGCCAACGGGGCUGCGCCGGCCGAAGACAGCCCCAAAGAGGAGCCAGGGAAGGCAGAGGCCACCCCUGCUGAGACAGGGGUUGCAGGUGGGGAGAAGGCGGAGGGGGAGGCAGGAGCCAAGGCGGACAACAGUGCAACUCCCUCCACCAGCAAUGAGACCCCGAAAAAGAAAAAGAAACGAUUUUCCUUCAAGAAGUCUUUUAAGCUGAGUGGCUUUUCCUUCAAAAAGACCAAAAAGGAGACAGGCGACGGUGCUGAAAACGAGGAGGAGGCGGCAGGAGCAUCUGCAGAGGGGACCAAGACUGACAACCAAGAAAAACCUGCGGAGGACAAGCCAGCAGAGGGGGGCACAGAACCUGCCAAGGAGGAGGCAGCUGAAAGGGAGAAGCCUGCAGAUGAGCCAGAGAGUGAGGAGAAACGUGUUGAGGAGGCCCCCAAAGCAGAGGAGGCUCCAAAGGUUGAGGAGGCCCCCAAAGUGGAGGAGGCCCCCAAAGCAGAGGAGGCCCCCAAAGUGGAGGAGGCUCCUAAAAUAGAGGAGGCCCCCAAAGUGGAGGAGGCUCCUAAAGUGGAGGAGGCCCCCAAAGUGGAGGAGCCCCCCAAAGUAGAAGAGGGUCCCAAAGAGGAGGAAGCACCAAAAGCAGAGGAACCCUCGCAGGAAGCAGCAUCAGAAGCUCCAGCCUCUGUGCCUGAGGCAGAUCAAUAAAUGGCAAAAGAAGAAGAAGGAAUUAUCCCAAAAAUCAGAAAAGACUUCCCUGUUUGUGUCAAAGAAUUCACCUGAAAACCAGGAGGUUUUAAAGUUUUUUCUUCUCUUCAUCUCUGAUUUCUCCUCCACCUUACAAAACCCACCCCGGUCCUUUGGGCCGGGACGGCGGGCGGCUUCAGAUCCAAAACUUCCACAUUUGCCACACAUUUUUGCAUCAGUAUUAAUUUUUCUUUUUUGACACAACAUUGGAAAUGGCACGCCGGCGGGGAUGAAACGGGCGGGCCUUCCGCUGUCAAUGGAGGAAGAACAGAAACUCUGCGGGAUCCACAACACUAAGCCUUCAGAGUCCAGGACGUGGCCCAGAGUGCUGUGCAGGACAGCACACCUGCCCACAGGAACUCCUCACUUCUCAUUGGCUGUGAUUCAAAUAGGCGUUUAUUGUUUAUUGUUGGUUUUCUGACUUUGAUGAAAAUGUAAGUAUGUAUAGGAACCUUGUUUUUAACUGUGAUUAUUGUACAAAGACAGAUCUGGAUCUCUAGGAGCUACGAAGUUUGCAGCCGUCAUUCUUCUGUCAAAUACCAGCAGAGACACUCAAACAGCCACACAGAGAGGAGCUCUCACUGACUGACUGGGACUUUUCUGUCCACUGGACUCAGAUCUGUCGGAUGCAAAUGUUGCUGUAGCAUCAUGUAACUUUUUUUGUUUCUCUUCUUUUGUAAAUAGUGCAGAGGCUUUGACAGAUUCCGCUUAGAGGUGGAAUGUUACAUCCUCCUGCUUCAGGUGUUUGGGUUUUCACUAAAAGCAAAAAAAAAAAGGAAUAAAUCUGAAUAAAAUUUGA